AUGGAAGGUGUUGAUGGUAUGAGUAUUGGUGAAGAAGACAGGGAAGCGAUGACGGCUGUGGAUGCCGAGGAGAUGCAAAUUUAUAAAAAUAUUCAAGGUCUCAAACCCUGUGGCGAUGUGCCCAAAAUAAUUGAUAUAACUGAGGCUCAUUCCAUAACUGAUGAUGAACGCCACAGCUUAUACAAGAGUCUAGGCUUUACUACCACGCAUAAGCAAAUCUUUUCAAUCACCGGUAUCACCAACAAUACUGCCAUUUCUACUCUCGGAAGAGAGAUUGCAAUAACUGGUCGCUUCCUUGAUGAACAGCCAGAUAUUGACUGGAAGAAAACUCCAUUCUUUUUUAUAUUUGGGAACAGAAGUCACCGUGCUGUAUGCCUAGGAGAGUGGGUGUCCUCUUGUAUACCAAUGUUUCAUCUACCUGGAACAGUUAACUUUUGGUUGAGCCUGGAUGGCACCACCCCCAUUAGCCAGAUCCUGAAAUUCGACUUUCUCUCAACUUCAACUAAUCAGGAGCUGUUCUCUACAUAUUCAGGGUUCCGCCAACAACUAUGUCUUGCUCAUUUGCUCUACUCUAAAACCAAAAGAAUGACUGAUCUGUCAGGUAUCUCUAAUUUUUCUGAGGCAAAAAUUAUGCACGACCUCAUCUUGUCUUACUGCGAACGCAAUUCUACCACCUUCAUCCGCUCAAUUCAAAACCCAUUCGGCCGUGGCGAAAAUUUGUACUUGGAGAUUCUUUUGGAGACAAUGCUAAUGGAAUGGAUUUAUAAGAGACUGGAAGAGGGAUGUCCAACAGAGACCCUUAAUUUUCAAGGUUUAGGAGUGAUCCAUAUGCUGGCUAUCUUGAGUUACAGGUCGCUCAUUCGGAUGUAUUGUGAAUUGGGGAAAGGAAAGCUGUCAUUGGAUUUCGCAGAUUUAACAGGCUGGACCGCUCUGCACUGGGCUGCAUUCUUCAACAGGAAUCAAACGGCUCAGCUUCUUGUAGGCAUGGGUGCAAAUCCAACAUUAGUUACUGGGCGAACUAUACAAUUCCGCAACGGAUUGACUGUUGCUGAAGUCGCGUUGAAAAAUGGUCAUCACAAACUAGCGUCUCAUCUUGGUAAGAUCACUGAGGAGUACUUACACCGGAUUAAUGCAGCAGCACUAGAGGCUUCGUCCAGUCAGGUUCAGUUGGAUACAGAAAAUCACACUGAAAUGGGUGGUAACUGUAAAUCAGGGAAGAAGAGGUUCCGAGAUGAUUCUGAGUAUGGCCAGGCUGUUAAAAUUCAAGCUGCUUUCCGAGGCUUCAGGAUAAGAAAACAUUAUGCUGGAAACCAGUCGAAAGAAGUUACCCCAGGUGAAGCAAGUUGA